UGACAUUCAUUAUUUGACAGAAUCGUCGGCAUAAUUCUAACUUGGCUUGGUAUUUUCAAAAAGCUUUUUUCGCUUUUAUUACUGCCUCAAUCAGUCGAAUCCUAAUUAAAUCCACGUAUUAGUAAGCUUGUUUACGUACUACACACAAUCAAAAUGAGUUUCGGACUGCCUCCACUGAAAGUAAAGCCUGAACAUGUCAGCAAUAUCAAGCCACAGGAAGGCCCGUUUGGUGUGCCUAGCCCGCUCGUGGCAGGUCUGGCUGCUACCAAGUCUAAACUUGGCAUGUCACAUCCAAUAGAAAUCUCUGAGAGGAAUUAUCAUUUAAAUCAAGAGAAGAUGAACAUGGCUAUGCUCCGCAACAUCCAGGGACUGCAUGCUCCACUCAAACUGACCAUGGAAAUGAAGUUUACCAGCAAGAUUGGUCACCUUCCAUUCCUUCAAAGAUCUAACUUCCAACACGAUGUGCUGACUGCCAAACACUUGGAUAUUGGUUUUGAAGACAUUCUGAACACUCCAGAACUGUGUGAAGUUGCCGGCCAGCCUCAUGCUGUGGUAGAAAGGUCGCUCGGAAUACUAUGAACUUCUUAGUGUAGGUUUGUGUAAUGUACUUCUGAUUUUUAAUAAAAGGUUAUACUGA